GGCCAGGCCCGGCCGCUUGCACCAAGUGGGUCAGUGCUACGCGUGCACGGCGCCGGCGGCUGGCGGCGGCACUGUGCCGGCUGGGCCGCGACAGGGAGGGUGGCGCCGGAAUGGCGCAAGGUGCGCGUGUACCUCCGGCCGACGCUGGCUCUGCUGCUCGUCGCCAUUGCCGUUGUUUUCCUGACCGGCAUGCUCAUCGGCGGACGAAACGUGCUCCCCCAGGCAGCGCUGCUCACCAGGCGGCAGCACCAGUUUAAAAGCCGCAUCCCGCUCAAUGGUAACGACCGUGACGACGGCACUGUCAGGCGGAACCCGCGCUCGGAAGAGGACGAUUUCAGCCUCAGAGACGUCGUCGUGCUAAACACGGACGUGCAGGACGAGAUAGAGCCGGGCACGUGGCGCGCCUCCUUGUUGGCGGACUCGAAGUUCGAACCGAUUGACAUGCAAAUGCUGCAAGCCCUGACCAACUGGCUGCUGGCGCCCAGCCACGGCUGCGCGCGGCUCAAAAUGAUGGGCGGCCCGCGGCGCAGCGGCGGCGGCGUGACGGCCGAGCAGCCCGUGUGCCUGGACGCACCGCUGGCGGGCGGCGCCGGUCGGACCCCCUGCCUCGCCUACUCGCUGGGCGUCGGUGCCGACUGGACCUUCGUCGAGCAGCUGGCGCAGCAGGGCUGCGAGGUGCACGUGCUCGACCACCGCACGGAAGUGGAGCCCGAGGGCCAGCACUCGUUCGGCGUGUUCUUCCACCGAUUCGGCGUCGGCCGCAACAAGCACCGCACCGCCGAGGGUGGCGAGGUGCUGACGCUGGAUGGCGCGAUGGCGAGGCUCGGCCACCGGCGCCGCACACUACGUUACUUGUGCGCCGACCUGGACGGCCUGGAGACCGACAUGCUGCUCGACCAGCUGGUCGACCGCAAGUCGAGCUUCGACCGCAAGUUCGUGCUCAACCGCGUCGAGCAGAUAGCGUUGCGUGUACACCUGCGCUCCCAUGUGGAGCGCGAGCUGCCGUUCUACCGGAACCUGUGGCGCGCGUGCCAACAGCUCGAGCGGCUCGGCUACGAGCUAGUGAGAAGCGCGCCGGUCGAAGUAGGCGGACGGUGGAAGUUCCCCGGCCAGCCCGAGCCCAUUCACCUCAUGUAUGACGUGCUGCUUGUGCGCAAACGACCCGCCGUCCGCGGCUUUGACCCGAACGUGGCGUGAACGGGUGCAAAUAUCGUGAAGGCAUUUUAGUUUUACGCUGUUUGCUGAUGUCAUCAUGAUAUGUGCAAGUGAACUCUUCAUAUUUUUAUCCAUGGAUGCAUUAAGGCUUCAAGGCCACCGUAUUCACGCCGGCUGGGAUGUGUUCUGUUGUGAUGUGAAUGAGAAGCGAAAGAAGUGAAGUGGGCGUUAUGAUCUGGUGAUUGUGCGGUCUUGUCGAUGUCUUAAAGCCUCGUCAUAUACAAUUAAAUGUCUGAUGAGGAGCGGAAAA